AUGAAUGCAGACUUCGUAUCAAUGGAUAAUGCAAAAAAUGAAAAUACUAAUAAUUUCUCCAACCCCCUGUCCCUACGCACAAAUGACUUAAAAUUAGAAGAACGUGAUGAUAAAUCAAAAGAACAUCAGUCCACUAAUGAUAAUUAUGAAGGUCUUGUAAACCAAAAUGUCAUUUACCGAACAGCUAUUUUUAAUAACAAAAGGAUUCAAAUUUAUCAAUACAAAACCUUUCCAAAAAAUUAUCUACAAAGCGUAUACGAAUUGUUGGGAAGUGAAUUAUCUGAACCAUAUAACAUUUUUCUACUUAAAACCAUUUUGAAGAACUAUAGCGAAAUUGCACUAAUGUGCUUAUGUGAUGAAGAGUGUGUGGGCACAGUAAUAAGCAAAAUUACAACAAAAUGUAAAAAUGAUGAACCAACGACAUUCGGAUAUAUAUGCAUGAUAGCAGUUCACAAAUCUGUCAGAAGUUGUGGUCUAGGCACAUAUCUGUUAAAUGAAAGUAUAAAAUUAAUGCAAGAUUUGUAUGGCAUAAAUGAGGUUCAACUGGAAGCAGAAGCAACGAACAAGCCUACAUUACGUUUCUAUGAAAAAAACGGAUUCAUUAGAGUGAAAAGGAAGCCCUACUAUUACUUAAGCGGCGUUGACGCUUUCAAAUUAAGGAAAACAUUAUAG